GUCCCUUCCUCUUCCAGGCCCCCCUGCGGGACGAGGAGGAGGAGGGCCCGGAGGAGCCGGUUGCCGGUGCCGGGAGCGCCGCCGGCGCCGAGCACCCAUUGGCCGAGUACCCCUGGUUCCAUGGGACCCUGUCCCGGCUCCGCGCCGCCCAAUUGGUGCUGGCGGGGGGGGCGGGCGCCCACGGCGUCUUCCUGGUGCGCCAGAGCGAGACGCGGCGCGGGGACUACGUGCUCACCUUCAACUUCCAGGGCAAGGCCAAGCACCUGCGGCUCCUGAACGAGGAGGCGCAGUGCCGGGUGCAGCACCUCUGGUUCCAGACCAUCCUGGACAUGCUCGAGCACUUCCGGGUCCACCUCCCGCUGGAAUCCGGCGGCGCCGCCGACGUCACCUUGCUCAGCUACGUCGUGGCGCCGCAGCGACCCCCCGGUGCGCCCCAUGGCGAGAGGGGGGGUAUGGGGGGAUAUGGGGGUCGCGACCGCUCCGGGAGCCGCUCGACCUCCGUUGACCCCGACCCCCUCCUGGCCUCCGACUGCCUCUGA